AGCAAACGCACAAAAACCCCACGAGAGAGAGAGCGAAACUGGUGGCUUGAAUCCUCCAUUCCCACACUAGUUUCCACACUCCUGUCCCCUCCGCUGCUGUCGAUCUUGUCCCAAAAACCCUCGCACUCUCUUUCUCUCUCUCUACUCUCUGUCUCUCUCUCACCGUCUUCAACCCUAGUCUCCGUUACGCGCACGCACUCCCUCUCUCUCUAGGAUCUCCGUGGCUGCUUCAAGCUACAAGCCUCGCGCGGUCGGUCCUCUCGUGCGCCGGUGAUCGUCGGCCGGAGCUGGAUAUGAUCGGCGUCGUCGGAGGAUUCGUUUAUAGAGACUCGUGAAGGAGGAGCCCUCCCACCGCUCGCUCGCUCGCUCGCUCGCUGCUGAUAGGGCGGCGCUGAUCCUUGCAUUUAUCGGUUUUGAUUCGGGUGAUUUGAAGGGCGCUCGCGAGAUCGGGGGGCGAUGGUGACGGCCGAGAACGAGAGCGUCGACGAGCAGAGGGAGCUCGCCGCGCCGAAGUCGCCGUGGAAGACCCCGGCGGCGCCGGCCGCGGCUGCGGCUGCGGCUGCGGCUGCGGCGGCCGACGGGGGCGCCGCGGAUGCUCCGGUGAUGGGCGCGGAGUCCUGGCCUGCCCUUGGGGAUGCUCCGCCGCCGCGGACGAAGAGCGCGGAGUCCCUGGCAAAGCCUCCGGCUCCGGUUGCUUCCGACAGAGGAGCUCCCCCGCCAGCCGCUCAGCCUAAGUCUCAAGGGUCUGGAAACUUUAACUCACAGAAGCAUUCAUCAACACGUCAUCAAAAAUCAGGUUCCAAGCGCAACCCAAAUGGUGGCCCUCCUUUCCCUGUACAAUUACCAUAUGGUCAAUUUCCUCCUCACCCCAUGUUUCAUGCUUUGAUUCCUGGCCCCCAAAUGGGCGUCCCCGGAUAUGUUUGCCAUCCAUGUCCUGGACCUUUUCCAAGUGUUGAGACUCCUUUGGUGAAGUCAGGAGGUGAAACACCUGGACAGCCUUUUAUUCCGGGUGCUAGUGGCGUUAAUCCCAGUAGAAGUCAACCUUUACCACAAGGAGAUCCUAAUGCUUCUGCUGUGAAUUUUGCAAAUAGAAGACCUAAUAUGCAGCAGUCUGGUGGUCCUUCCCAACCAUGGAAUCAUCGAGUAUUUGGCCCCGGAGACACCAUUCCAAUGCAACAGGUUGUUGGACCAAGAACGUAUUUUAGGGGUUCAUUCUAUGGUCCAGCUCCUGGAUUCAUGGUUGGUCCAGGUUUCCCUGGUCCUGCAUCCAUUUGCUAUGUUCCUUUUGCUCCUCGAGGACCGUAUCCUCCACAAUUUGUUUCACAUCCUGGAAAUCCAGGGGCUAGCACCCUACCCCCAGAAACACUGGCAUUGAAGUCGAACAUUAUUAAACAAAUUGAGUAUUACUUCAGUGAUGAGAAUUUGCAGAAGGACAAUUAUCUAAUCGAGUUAAUGGAUGAACAAGGAUGGGUUUCAAUAUCUGAAAUUGCUAACUUCAGAAGGGUACAGAAUAUGUGCACCGACAUACUAUUCAUCCUCUAUGCUUUGCAAAGUUCAAGCACUAUUGAAGUAAAGGGUGACAAUAUAAGAAAGCGGGACGAGUGGUCAAAGUGGACUCAGAAGAAGAAUGAAUCUACUUCAAAAGCUGAGACUCCUAAAAGUCAACUUGGUGUUGAUUCUUUUGAGGAUAGCAAAGCAACUGAAGAUAAAGCAGAGAGUCUCCUACAGGGAAGCUGUGCCACACAUCCAUCAUGUGAUGCAGAGUGUACUUUGAAUGGGAAAACUUCUCAAUCAGCCGUCAAGUGCAUAAACCAUGCUACUGGCACUACUCCUUUUCCUGAUGAUGUACAAGAGACAGAAUCAACAACAUUGGGCGAUUAUAGGAAACAGAGAAACCAAGUGCUAUCAGUUACGUCUAGAAACAUUAAUGUUUCUGACUUGUCUGACGACUUCUCUAGCACAUUUAUGCUCGAUGAAGAGCUGGAGCUAGAGCAAAGUACUGUGAAAAGAGACGAUCUUUCUCUAAUUAGAAGAGUUGAUGAUGAAGAUGAGGACGUGGGCUAUGAUCAUGAUGUUCAGAGACUAGUGAUAGUAACACAGAAUGGCAGGAUAUGUUAUGAAACUGGAGGCAAUGAAUCAAAGUCAAUCUCUAGUGAGCUUGCUUCUGCAAUUGAUGAGGGUCUUUACUUCUAUGAGCAGGAACUGGAGAAAAAGCAAUCCAAUCGUCGAAAGAACAACUCUUUGGAGAAUGGAUCUGGAAAAUGUGGCCUGGGCGUAUCAAACUUCAAGCCAGGGGAAUAUUUUGCUGCGUCCAGCAGUCCUGUUGAAUCUGGCAUUACUAAUCCCCGCAGAAAGCAAAAUAAGAGUUCCUCUAAGCAACACACAUCCAUUAAGCAGCGUUUUUUUUCCAGCAACUUUAGAAAUCAUGGUACCGCUCGAAGCACUAUAGGAGUGAUAUCGGAGAGUCCACCAAGCAAUUCCUUUGGUUAUUUCUUUGGGUCUACUCCUCCUGAAAAUCAUGGGCCUAGGUCUUCAAAAUUGAGUAAUUCACCUCAUGGAAAUAUCUCUGGCUGUAGUCCACCUGUUGGUUCGAUGCCAAAGUCAUUUCCACCAUUUCAACAUCCAAGUCACCGUCUUUUGGAGGAAAAUGGUUUUAAACAACAAAUGUACCUGAAGUAUCGCAAACGGUGCUUGAAUGACAGAAAGAAGUCAGGAAUCGGUUGCAGUGAGGAAAUGAACACACUCUACCGGUUUUGGUCGUACUUUCUUAGAGACGUGUUUGUUCCUCCUAUGUAUGAAGAGUUCCACAAACUUGCACUUGAAGAUGCUGCGGCUAACUACAAUUAUGGACUAGAGUGCCUUUUCAGGUUCUAUAGUUAUGGCUUGGAGAAGGAAUUCAGAGAGGAUCUGUAUAAGGAUUUUGAAAAGCUCACCCUCGACUUCUACCAUAAAGGCAAUCUCUAUGGCCUUGAGAAAUACUGGGCAUUUCACCAUUAUCGCCACCAGAAAGAUCCAAUCAAGAAGCAACCAGACUUGGAGAGGUUGCUCUCAGAGGAAUACCGCACCUUGGACGAUUUCCACGCCAAAGAGAGAGCUAACACCACCGUGAAGGAAGAGGGCCAUUAGGGAGCAGUUUGCUCGUGUUCCGGCAUGGCAACGUCCAAUUUUGAAAGAGCACGCUAACGAUUUGACUGAGGAGUUUGAGAUAAUGCAAAGCUCCUGUUUUUGGCUUUGGGUGCAAAGAAGUGGUUCCUGUGUUCUUUUGGUGUUCUUACGGUCACCGAGGCUUUUUCUCUUUUUUCUCCCCUUGGACAGUUCUUUCAUCUCUCACGUCGUGUCUUUAUUCUUGUCCACAGGCUUAGAGAGGUGCCCUUUGUGCGCAUCCUCUCGGUUGUAAUUUGUAUAUAGAGGGGGAAAAACCGGAAACCGAACCAAAAAAAUGAAAAAAGAACAGAAAAAAAGAGAAGAAAAAUAAGGUUGCAGUUUUAAAUCUCGUCCGGAAUGGAACAAUAAGAGAUUGCGAUGCUGGUGUAUUUGGCAGCCACCUUUUUUUUUUUA